CCGAGAAUUCACCUUAGGUGUUGCUGAAUGAUGUUGAACCUGAAAACAAUUUUACAAAUGGCAAGCAUCACCGUAGCCCACGUGGUAUCGAAGGGAAGGACUAGCUCCUCCAAAAGGCUGCUCCAAAGAGACAUGACAUUUCAAGAAAAACAUCCACACUCACGUACUUUCCGUUUGAAGAAAAUGAACUAGAUGUGCACCUCAUUUCCUUCCCUUAUCUCUUUAGAUUGAGUGUAUGUCUUUAGCUUAGCGAGACAAAGCGCAGACUCCAACAGAGGAAGAAUGUAAAACGAGACAAUAAUAGCUUGGGCGUGGUUUGCAAGUAUUUCCUUUCACACUCAGGAGGGACAUUUGGAAGCUCCGGAAAAGAAAGUUGACUCAGAUGAAGGACGGCAAACAUGGCGACAAGUGGCGGCAGCGGCGGCCAGGAGCAGCCCAACGUCCCUUGCGACUCGUGCAUGGACGAGCCGGGCAGAGCCGUCAAAUCCUGCCUGACCUGCUUGGUGUCCUUCUGCGAGGAUCACCUCAGACCUCACCUGGAGAACGCCAAGUUCCGGAACCACCGACUGGUGGAGCCUUUGCCCCACGUGGACGCGCGCACGUGUGACGUCCACCGUCUUCCGCUGGAGCGCUUUUGUCUGACGGACGGCUGCUGCCUGUGCUCUGACUGCUGCGGUCAGGAGCAUCAAGGUCACACCACGGCGUCUUUGGAGGAGGGGAGGGCUCAGAUUGAGAGUGAGCUGCAGAAAAUGCACCAGGAGAUAAAUCUGAGCAUCGUGGCCACAGACAAAGCAAUGGAGAAGCUGCGGAGCAACAACGACAGCAUGACGUCUGUAGUGCAGGAGGUGUCGGCUCAGGUGGAUCAGCACUUCUCCAGGCUGCAGGAAGCGGUGGCGGAGGCCAGGAAGCAGGCGACGGAGCGGCUGGAGGCAGAGCGGAGGCGAGCGCUGCGCCAGGCGGAGGGCGUGGAGACGCACCUGAAGCGGAGGAAGGCGGAGCUGAGCAAGACUUUGGCGAGGCUAAGCAAAGUGUCGCGGAGUGAGUGCGAUGUCGCCUUCCUGCAGGAGUACUCGGAGUGGAAGGAGGGAGUGGUGGAUGUUUGCUUUCCUAAUGUCAGCGUGACCCGUUUGGACCAUGUAAACGCUUACGUCCCGGUGGUAGCCAGCGUCACGCAACACUUGUGUGACCUGAUUUUGACCUCCUACCACGAGAAGCUCAGCGCCAUUUCUCAAGGUUUGAUGCGAAGGGGAAACGGGAUAUUUUUGAAUCCUCCCUGUGCUAUAACUCUGUGUUUUGUAUUUAUUCAUCAACCAGGCAGCCUAUCCCAGACGCCGCAUGUUUUGUUGCCUGAUCCAAAGACCGCGGAAGACUUAUUAAAAUAUGUAAAGAAUUUGACGUUUGAUUCGGACACCGUCCAUAACUUCCUGCGCCUAACAGAGGACAACACGAAGGUCACCAACACCAGCCCCUGGCAACACAGCUACGCGGACCACCCGGAUCGCUUCGAGCACUGGCGCCAGGCGAUGACGUCGCAGAGCGUUUACGAGGGCCGCCGCUACGCCGAGGCGGAGCUGAGCGGCGAGGGGGCGCACGUGGGCGUCACCUACAAAAGCCUCGAGCGCAAGGGCCAAGAAAGCGGCGGCUGCAUCACGGCCAACGACUUCUCGUGGUGCGUCGGGAGGAACGGCCGAGGACUCUCCGCCUGGCACGCCGGCGUGGAGACGCCGGUGGAGGCGCAGGACGUGACGAGAAUUGGCGUAUACGUUGACUUCUACGCCGGCCACGUGUCGUUUUACCACGCCGACGGGCCCAUGAGGCUCCUGCACAAGUACAAUGCCAAUUUCAUCGAGCCAUUGUAUCUCGUCGUGUGGCUUUCUAAGAAGGAGAACGUGGUUUGUUUAGUUCAUAGAAAAUGAUGCCUCCUGCCAUCACUAAAGGGGACAUAGCAUCAAAACGUCUUUUUGUAAAGGAUUGUAUGAAAUCUUUUGUGACCUGCCUAUUUCUGAACAUGUCUGUGAGCGAUUUUACACUCCCCCCCAUUGUGAUGUUGCAGUAGGGCUCAUUUACAUAAUAUCUAUCCGCCCACGACUUGAUCAGAUCCAGAGCUACUUUCAAGCGAUGGACGGACUCUCCCGUCAUGUUUGGUGAUGCGUGCAUGCGCGACAUGAGUGAAAAUGAAAAGAAAACCCAAAAGUCAGUCUACGUUGUUACACACUGCGUGAACAUAAACCCUUGCAGAUUGUUCCCGCAAAGUUGAAAGCAUGGACUUGUCUUGGUAAGAUUGAAAUAUAACUUAGAAUGGAUACUGUUAUUUUGUCUAAUCCUCUUUAUUGUGGAUAGCUGGCCAACUAGUACAUAGAGUAUAAUCAAAUUUAAAAAAAUCUCAUUUGUGAAGUACAGUGAUUUGACAAAAUGUCUGCAGAUACAAAUAUAACUCAUAAUUAAUAUGGGGUGUAUAUGAAUAUUCUUUUAAUUAUUGUAUCCUAGUAGCGAGCCAGUUGAUAAACGCACUAUUAUACAAGUAAAUUUAGAGUAAAAUUCAGUUUGUACAGUAUAUUGAUUGGACAAAAUGUUGGAGGAUGAAAAAUAGUAAUUCGUAUAUUUUUUUAAAUGUAGUGUUUCUAAGCAGAGCGCUAUCAAACGACUUGAUGCAUAUAGACGAUAUCAUAAAAAAAUAUGAAAAGAAAUCGCAUACGUACAGUAUAUUGAUUCGACAAAAUGCCCAAAGCUGAGAAUAUAUUUAUGUUUUUUAAUUUGAUGUUUCUUCGUAGCUAGCUAGUAGAUAUAUUUAGGCAAUGUAAUGAAAAGCAAAACAAAAUCGCCAGUCUUAUCACUAACUUACACUAUAUGAAAAAGUAGUCAUAAUUACAGUAGCCUAAAUAUAUGUGUAAAAAACACUAGUCCACAAAUAUAAAACAAUCAAGUGGAAAACAGUACGGCAAACAGCUGUUCGUAACCUCGAAACCUCGUAUGUAGGGACCGAUGGAGGACCUCUAUUUUUUUAAUUAGAAAAAUGUCCAAAGAUAAAAAUAUAAUUGAUAUAUUAUUUUUUUUAAGUGUCUUAGUAGCUCGAUGUAAUGUAAUACAUGUAAAUAAAAAUAAAAUACAAAAUCGAAUUUCUAAAAGUCUCUAGCCGGAAGUGACGACAUGUAAUCAGUUGCAACCAAUCUCAGCUGGUGGUCGUGUCGACUGUCGAGGGCGGGCGCUCACAUUUGGGCUUUUCUUUCUCUCCGUGUCGCAUUAAAAUUCCCUCUGUGAUGCCAUUUAAAGCUUAACAAGUUACAGAAUAUAUUUUUUCAAGUAAAUAUUGUGGCGCCUGUGCAGCAACUGACGUAAGAAAUUGUUUUUACUGUUUUUUUGUUGUUUUUUUAAAUUAUAUAUGUAUUUUUAAGCAGACUGAAUAAGGCUGAAAUGAGAACUGUGGCCCAAAGGAUGCUAAGGACCUGCAACAAACUGUUUACAAGGUAAAACAACACAUAAGUGCAAUCUGGAAUGAAUGAAGGAAGUUUAAUUAAGCUCCUCCAUGACUCUGUCAAUCAAAAUUGUGCUUUUGUAAAAGCAGAGUUUGGAUACAGCUCUUGUCUUGGGUCUCAUUCAAUUGAGCAAGUGUACUAAUGUUCUGGUCAUUCUCUAUCCAUUUUACAGCGCAGUGUUUCCCAACCUUUAUUGAGCCAUGGCACAUAUUUUACAUUAGGAAAUCUCACAGCACAACACUAAAAAAUGUCACAAAAGGAACGUGAAGUAAACAGAAAUAAUCUCAAUUCACUCACAAAUGUUUUUCCCUGUCUGACAUCUGGGGGACAAAGCUGAUAGACUUCAUUUUUGUACCAAUUUUGGGAUAAAACAAAAUACUACUUGCAUUAAAACGAGUAGUAUUGUAAUGAAGGGUUACAGUGACCUCUUUGAAUUUAUAUUUGGAGUUUGUUUAAAAGCGGAUCCAAUUCUCUUCCUGGUCCGCUUAAAGUGUGAAUGGCUCUCCGUUAAUUCAACACGAAGCGAAACCCGGACCGUUUUGUGUCCCCAACUUUUAACUUGACGCAAACUGGAUUGAGACUGCUUCGGAAACAGUUUGAGUAUUCAGAGUGUGUA